AUGAGGGCAGAUUCUGUCCAGCCUGUGCUGGACCUGCCCCCAAUGAAGUCCAUGCAUAUAAAGUGUUCUACUGAUGAUCAUUCAGGCAGUCAUGAGGAAGGCAUUAGAAAGAACGGAGCACAAAAAGAAAAUGAUGAAGAUGGGACUGUAGACUUCUCCUUUGGUAAAUGGGUAUGGCUUGUGCCCAGGAGUGAAGGCUGGAGUCUUCAUUUGCCAAAGCCUGUUCUUCUGGGACUAAAGACAGUGUGUCUUGUGCCAGGGAUGAGAGAGAUCCUGAGAAUUCCUCUAGUGUCAAACUCAAGACUUCUCUUCCUAGCCCAAGUUACCCUCAAUCCAAACAUAACCUAUGCCUACCUCAUAGUGUCUGAGGACAGGAGAAGCGUGAGAGACAGAGAGACGAAGUUGGACCCUGACCAUCCAGAGCGAUUUUACCACCACAAUAUUGUCCUGGGCUUUGAGAGCCUGUCUUCAGGCAGAUCCUACUGGGAAGUGGAGGUGGGAUCCAGAGCAGAGGGAGGGCUGGGUGUGUAAUCUGUGGGUUAUAAGGAUGAGGUCUGUUUGUCACCCCAGUAUGGAUUCUGGGUUGAGACAGAGGAAGGGGGAUGA